AUGUCACAGCAAACGCUUCUGGGCAAUCCCGAUCCGGGGAUGGGCCCUCCAUCCCGUGUAAAAAUAGUGACGUACCGCUGUCCAACCCCUUCUCCCCCCAGCUUUGAUCUCCCAGUGGUUCGCCAAUCGUUCGACAGAUUUGGGUUGUCAACAACACUCAGUCCUCGUCCCACGGUACCGAAGAUGUUCCUCCAGACAUGA